GGGGGGGUUGAGGGUGCAGUCAGUCGGCAAGUCAGUCCUCGGGGUCGACACACAAGCCCCGCCCCUCGCUCCCCCACCCGUCUCCCUCCCGGCCCGCAGCCUUCCCGCCUGGUUGGCGGAGGGAGGGGAGAAGGGGAGCGGGGCCGUCGUCACAUCCGGACGGAGUGGGCGAGUUCCGGUAUUUCAGGGCGGAGCAGGCGGAAGUAGGGUUGAGAAGCGGCAGCAGCACCGAGCGGAGGAGGCAGCAGCCGGAGCGGGGCGGGCACCAUGGCUGGUAUCACCACCAUCGAGGCGGUGAAGCGCAAGAUUCAGGUUCUGCAGCAGCAGGCCGAUGACGCCGAGGAGAGGGCCGAGCGUCUCCAGCGGGAGGUGGAGGGGGAGAAACGGGCCCGGGAACAGGCUGAGGCUGAGGUGGCUUCCUUGAACCGUCGGAUCCAGUUGGUAGAAGAGGAGCUGGACCGUGCUCAGGAGCGCCUGGCUACAGCUCUGCAGAAGUUAGAGGAGGCAGAGAAGGCAGCUGAUGAGAGUGAGAGAGGUAUGAAGGUCAUUGAAAAUCGGGCCUUGAAGGAUGAAGAAAAGAUGGAGCUGCAAGAAAUCCAGCUGAAAGAGGCUAAGCACAUUGCUGAAGAAGCAGACAGGAAGUACGAGGAGGUGGCCCGAAAGUUGGUAAUCAUUGAGGGAGACUUGGAGCGCACAGAGGAGCGGGCCGAGCUGGCAGAAUCUAAGUGUUCUGAGCUGGAGGAGGAGCUGAAGAAUGUCACCAACAACCUCAAAUCUCUUGAGGCUCAGGCGGAGAAGUAUUCUCAGAAAGAAGACAAAUAUGAGGAGGAGAUAAAAAUUCUUACCGAUAAACUCAAGGAGGCAGAGACUCGUGCUGAGUUUGCUGAGAGAUCAGUAGCCAAGCUGGAAAAGACAAUUGAUGACUUGGAAGAUGAGCUCUAUGCCCAGAAACUGAAGUACAAGGCCAUUAGUGAGGAAUUGGACCACGCCCUCAAUGACAUGACCUCUAUGUAACUAUCUGACAGCAGAGGGGUUGGGCUUUUGUCUUUGGGAGGACAGGGUGUGCAGAGAGUGCUGUGCAGUUUUGGUGUCUGUCUUAGGAAACACUAACAUCUCCACCCUUGCCCUCAGUAUCAGAAUAAUGUGCUGGUUACUGAUUUGGCCCAUGAGAAGGCGAUGAGAAAUCUGGGAACAUUUCCCCCAGCCAUCUGUGGUCUUGUUUUGUAAAGUGUAGAUACAACAUACCUUUUGUUUGUGCUACGUUUGUUACAUUGUCUCUUGUCUUGGUUUCCUUACUGAGCAAGGUGCUUUGGCUAAGGAAGUUCGUUUCCAAAUAAGAAAUUGGAACACAUUGUAAAUGACUUGCUUGGAUUUGAGAAAUCCAUCUUUACAAAGCAAAAGUCCCCCUACAGUGGACAUUGUAGUACUUUGUCAAAGUACUACAGAGGAGGUUAAGUUGUUUCCUCUUUUAAGACUUCAUCUGAGUCUUAGAAAUGAGUGGGAAGUAACCAGCAUCAGAAAGAAUUGUCUAGGACUUUUUUUUCCUGUUUGUGGAUUUUGAUUCUUGAGUCUAAUCUUUGACUUUCUCCCUCUUUCCUACUAAUUCAAAAAAAAAAGCCUAAGUCUGGCUAUAAUUCCUGCUUCCUCUUUUCUUAUCCCUACUACUUCUCUUUCCUUCGUGUGCCUUGACUGUUAAAAGCCCCUCUCAUCUGGGGUCUCAUUCUCACUUCUCCACACAGAUAAGCUCUCACCGUUUCUGCUCUGUUCCGGAUCUGCCCCCUCCGCUUGGGGAAAGCACCCUUCUCAGCACCCCAACAUCCUGUGCUCUUCCUGGAUUCCAUUUGGGUGGGCCCGGCUGGUCCUCAGGGCAUCGGAUGGGGGGGUUCACAAAGCAUUUAUUUAUGUAUUUAGUCACCCUUUUCCAUACCAAAUUAAAAUGUUUCCAAGCUGCUGGAUGCCUCACUGCCCAGCGUUUGUGUUCUUGACAAAGAUGUUGCUGUUCAAAGGAAGGGAACUGUCUUGGAACUGCCUUGUCAGGGAUGUGGUAUGGGGAGCAGACAUGGUGGACUUUUCCUUCCUCAAUGUGUGAAAUCAAAGCUGUUUUUUGUGUCUUGCUUAUUCUUUCCUGAGGUUUUGUUUGACUAUCAGAAUAGUAUAUAAUUCAGAGUUCUUAGGAGAAAAUUGUGUUGAAGUCGAUCCUUGUUUUCCAAAUUCCUAAACCAUUCCAUCCCCAAGUGUCUUCUAUGCUGUUCUUGACUUACAGUGAAAAGCACCUUCUAACACCUAAGUCUAAUGAUUGAAACAUCUGCUAUUCUAACAGAAGACUUGUCCCACCUUUUCUCAGUUUCCUCAUAGGAAACAUAGCCUCUAGUCAUUUAGGUCUCGUGCAUUCCAUAAUGACAAUCAUAUUUAGGAAUGACUCUUCUCCUUCCCUCUCCAUUUUCUCAGAACCACCCGACAGGCUUCUAUCCUGAAAGGGAAACUAGACCUAAUAAAAAGUCAGCAACUUCAAACAUGCUUCCUUUGCUCUUCCUCCUUGGAAAGAAUUUCAGGGAAAUAUUACUGAUUAAACAACCAUUUCAUUGAACAUCUAUCAUGGUCAGGAGGAAACAAUAAAAUAAAAAAUCUCCCCCCCUCACAUGAGGGAUAAGAAAUUCACAUGCUUGUUAUAGAGCGGAAUAUGGUGAGUACUUUUAGAUUGUUGAGCUCUUAUACAAGUUUAGAGGAAGUAAACUUUGAUUAUAACUGAGGUUGAGACAGCUUCACAAAGAAUGGGUAGGGUUUUUUGAUGAAGGGAAGACCAAGUAAAAAUCUUCCAAACUAAAGAGGAUGGAGAUGAGAAAUCACAUUUGGAGAAUGAUAAAAUAAUAUCCCUCUGCUCCAGCCAAAUUUGUCAUUAGCAACAUUGGGAAGAUUAAGGAUUUUGUUUUUUCUGCCAAGGAGUCUGGACCUUAAUAGAAAGUGAGGUGCCCUUGGAGAUUUUUAAAUGAGGGAAAGACUUGGAUCUCAUAUGUGUAGCAUUAGAAGUGGAUGCUACAAGUAUUUCCCUUUUAUAGUUGGAUAAAUUUAGGUUUAGGGAGUGAUGUUCGGGGUCACAUAGUUUAGUAUGUAUCCAUGCUAGGACUCCCAUCUUCUGACUGAUCUUUUUUCUACCAGACUCUACAUAGAGCAUGAUAUGUUUAAGAUUGGUCAGGCAACCAUUUGUAGCAUGGAUUAAAGGAAUGUGAAAGAGGUAAUGGGGUGGAGGAAAGACCUUUGGGAAAGUUCAGUGAAGUGUUAGUAAAGGACUGAACUUGAGUGACAGAAGUGGUAAUGGAAAGGAAAAGGUAUGAACAGGAAAUUAAGGGAGUUUUUGAAUUUGGGUGAUAAGGAAUGGUAGUAAUAGUAUUACUAGGAGAGGCAUGCUGUAGUAGAGGACUUUUGAUGGUGAUGCUUCCUCAUGGAGCUGAAGCUAUUAAUAUAGUCACGAACAGGAAAAAUUAAAAACUAAGGACAGGAUUUAGAGAGGAACAACAGGAGUCAGUUUGUAGGGGAGGAAGAAAGAGGGGAAAGAAAGUGUCUGUUGUUAGGGUGGUAUCACAGAACUCGAGGGGUAUUAAUCUAGUGUUAAAAUGCAGAGUAACAAUAAAGAACUGGGGAAACAAUUUGUUCAGAGAAUAAGUUUAGUAACCCCUGGGGAGGGGUACAGGAUAGGUUUACUAGGAACUGGCUGAAUUCUUUGGAAGUGAUUAAAUGAGAUGUGGUGACUUCACUCUUGAGAGCCACAUUUUAUGGAGGUUGAUAAAUUUCUUUAAGUAUUCAGUGUUACGUGGAAGAAAAAGAUUAGUCUUGUUCUAUUGAUACCAUAGGGUAGAAUUGGAUAGAAAGAAAGCUAAGUGCAUCUUUUCUCAAUGAAAGGAAUGGUUUCAGGAAAUGAUCCAAGAAUUGGAGUUGGGCUGUUUCAUAGAUAGAAAGGAGUAAAUUAUGGACUUUUCUCUAAAGGAUGAAAGGGCAGAAUUAUCUUGUUAGGAAUGGUUGAAUUCUUUAUUUGCUUAGAUGGUUUCUGAGAUUCCUUACAACUUGAAGAUCAUAACUACCAUUUUUGAAGUUUGACAUAAUAGGGUUAGUUUUUAAUAUGAAAGACCCAACACAA